AUGAGAAAGUCUUUCCUACGCUGUCUUCCUAUCCUUCUUUUAUCCUUUUUGGAUGGUGCAAGCGCAGCUGAUGCCUCGAACGAGGAACCAAGAACCAAUAUUCGACGGCUUGGUUCUAAUUUGAAUCACCAUCAAACAGCGACGAAGCCAGAAUUCAAGUCCAAAUCGUCCAGCGCAAGCAGAGGGGAUUUUGGCCGGCAAUUAUUUUUUGAAGAAGAUGCAGCGCCAAUUCGAAAAAGGCAACCUGCAGUUUCCAAAGACAACUUGAAGAUGGCAUAUGCAUCAGCCUGGAGGGAAAGGUUGUUUCCACCAUCUCAAUCUCCCACUGCUACCGCGUCCAAUGCGCCAAGUGAUCCUCCGAGUGCAUCGCCAUCUCAAUCUCCCACUGCUAUCGCGUCCAAUGCGCCAAGUGAUUCUCCGAGUGCAUCGCCAUCCAAUGCUCCUACCGCGGCCAUCCGAAUUGCUUGUGCUGGGGAUAGCUUGACACGGGGGAAGAUUGGGGUGGAUCCUGGAGUCGACUACCCUACCCAACUUGACGAAUUGUUGGGCGCAGGCUUCGACACGUACAACUAUGGAAAAAACUCCGCCGCUGCCAUUGGUGGUUUGAGUUUGUCCUACAACAAGACCCAAGAAUUUCGAGCUUCCAUAGCUUUGGGUGCAGACAUCUACUUGCUAAUGCUUGGGACCAAUGAUGCCAAGUAUUGGGAGACAGACGGUCAAAAAUUUGUCGCGAGUAUGGAAUGGAUAAUACAACAAGUUGAAGCAACUUCACCAGGCGCCCGAAUCAUACUGGCGAUACCGCCAUGGAUCAUGGGAACGAGUUAUGGAAUCACGAACGACGUCUUGCUGAAAAAUAUUCAACCAAAAAUAAGAGAGGUUGCCUCGGCCCAACAGGUAGAAUUGGUGGACAUGUACAAAGCGACACUUGGUCUAGAUUCACUUUUCGCUGCCGACCAACUGCACCUCAACGCCAAAGGACAUGAAACUAUUGCUCAAGUUUGGGAGAGGCAGAUCUUAUGCAACAAUAAUGGCAGAUGUGAUAUUGGGGAGAGUUGUGAAACCUGUCGCCAGGACUGCCUUGAGCAAUGUGAAGGUAGGAAAAGCGAAAAACAAUCACGCAAUGAUGGAAGUGCUUCCUUGAACAAUGUUCCAAGGCUUGGUUCAAGCUUGAAGAAUCAGCGAACAACGAAGUCAGAAUACAAGUCCAAGUCGUCCAGCACGAUCAAAGGGGCUGUGGACCGGCAACUACAAUUAGACGCACCAGUACGAAAAAGGCAGCCUCUUGUUUCAAAAGACGACUUGAAGAUGCCAUACAAAUCAGCCUGGAAGCAACAGUUCGGGCCCACUGAUUCCCCGACUACUCAGCCAAGUCAGUCUCCUAGCUCAUUGCCCUCCAAUGCACCAAGUUAUACUCCGACCGAUGAGCCCUCCGAUGCACCCAGUUAUAACCCGACUGAUGAGCCAAGUCAAUCUCCCAGCCAAUUGCCAUCCAUCAUACCAAGUGAAUUUCCGACCAAUCGGCCAAGUGAAUCUCCGACCAACUUGCCCUCCUCUACGCCAAGUAAAUCUCUUGUGCCCUCCACUUCACCAAGUGCAGCUCCGACAGCAUCACCCACCGCUACUCCUCUCCGAGUGGCUUCUGCGGGGGAUAGUUUGACGCGGGGAAGAACCAGUAAUCCUGGACUCACUUACCCUCAGCAACUUCAGGGAUUGUUGGGCGGCGGCUUUAGGGUCCGUAAUUAUGGAAGAAAUACUGCCAAUGCCAUUGAAGAAUUUGGUGUACCGUACAUCAAUACUGCUAACUUUGGAUUUUCCAUGGAGUAUGAUCCCGAUAUCUAUUUGCUCAUGCUGGGAACAAAUGAUGUGAGGUUUUGGCAGCAAGCCAGUCACAGAUAUGCCGCGGGCAUGAAUCGGAUAAUAAAACAAGUCAAAGCGUCUUCACCAGGCGUCCGAAUCAUAGUGGCGAUACCACCGUGGGUCAAGACUCCAAACGAUUUUGGAAUCUCCAACGACGUUUUGGUCUACAGUAUUCAAACGAGAAUACGAGAGGUUGCCUCAGCCAAUCAAGUAGAAUUGGUGGACAUGUACAAGGCGACUUUCAGUCUAGAUUAUUUGUACAGUGCCGACAACUUGCACCUUAACACCAAAGGAUAUGAAACCAUGGCUGCAGUAUGGGAGAGGCAGAUCGUGUGCAACAGAAAUGGUGUAUGUGAUGUUGGGGAGAGUUGCGAAACAUGUCGCCAAGACUGUCUUGAGCAAUGCACCGGGGUGAAGAAUCCAAAAGAGAUUCGUAAUGAUGGAAGUGACUAA